GUGGCUGCACGUUUGAGGAGUCGUACAGCAGCUGUGGAUACAGCGUUUCUCUGGGAACCAACGGGUUUACCUGGGAACAGGUCAACUCCUGGGAGAAGCCCACCAUGGACCCGGCGCUGCCGACUGGUUCGUUCAUGGUGGUGAACGCGUCCGGCCGGGCCUCGGGCCAGAAGGCCCACCUGUACAUGCCCACCCUGAAGGAGAACGACACCCACUGCAUCGACUUCCUGUACUCCCUGUCGAGCCGGGACGGAGCGAGCCCGGGCACUCUGAACGUCUACAUCAAGGUUAAUGGAGGCGCUCAGGGAAACCCGGUGUGGAACGCCUCCGACACUGUGACUGAAGGCUGGGUGAAGGCCGAGCUGGCCAUCUCUACGUUCUGGCCCAAUUCCUAUCAGGUAAUAUUCGAAGCCGUUUCGGUCCAAGGCCACCCGGGUUUCAUCGGCAUCGAUGACAUACGAGUCCUGGCCCACCCGUGCCGUAAAGCGCCUCACUUCCUGCGCCUGCAGAACGUGGAGGUGAACGUGGGUCAGAACGCCACGUUCCAGUGCACGGCCGGAGGGAAGUGGUCCCAGCACGACAAGCUCUGGCUGCAGCAGUGGAACGGCAAGGACACGGCGCUGAUGGUGACCCGGGUGGUGAACCACCGGCGCUUCUCGGCGACCGUCAGCGUCGGCGACACGUCGCAGCGCAGCACCAGCCGCUACCGCUGCGUCAUCCGGUCCGACGGCGGCUCGGGGGUGUCCAACUACGCCGACCUCAUCGUCAAAGCUCCGCCGACCCCCAUCGCGCCGCCCGAGCUCCUGGCCGUCGGCGCCACCUACCUCUGGAUCAAACCCAACGCCAACAGCAUCAUCGGCGACGGACCCAUCAUCCUGAAGGAGGUGGAGUACCGCACCACGUCGGGGAACUGGGCCGAGACCCACGUGGUCGACGCCCCCACCUACAAGCUGUGGCACCUGGACCCGGAUGUGGAGUACGAGAUCAAGGUGCUGCUGUCCAGACCCGGCGAGGGAGGAACGGGGCCGCCGGGGCCGCCGCUGGUCACCAGAACCAAAUGUGCAGAUCCCGUCCACGGUCCCCAAAACGUCAACGUGGUGGACGUCAGGGCUCGUCAGCUGACCAUCCAGUGGGAGACUUUCGGCUACGCGGUGACUCGCUGCCACAGCUACAAUCUGACGGUGCAGUACCAGUACGUGUUCAACCAGCAGGAGUUCGCCGCCGAAGAGCUGAUCCAGACGUCGUCGCACUACACCCUGAGAGGACUGAGGCCUUUCGUCACCGUCCGGCUGCGUCUGGUUCUGGCCAACCCCGAAGGCAGCAAGGAGAGCGAGGAGAUCGUCAAGCAGACGGAGGAGGACGUGCCCGGCUCGGUUCCCAUGGAGUCUCUGCAGAACACGCCGUACGAGGAGAAGAUCUUCAUGCAGUGGAAAGCUCCCAACGAGACCAACGGCGUCAUCACUCUGUACGAGAUCACCUACAAGGCCCUGAGCUCGUUGGACCCCAGCGCCGAUCUGACGACCCAGCGAGGACGAGUGUUCAAGCUGAUGAACGAGACCCACCACCUGUUCGUGGGACUCUACCCGGGGACCACCUACUUCUUCACCCUCAAAGCCUCCACCAACAAGGGCUUCGGGCCGCCGGUCACCACCCGCAUCACCACCAAGAUCGCCGACUUUGGGAAAAACUUGCAUGCAGGAUCUAGAACCUCCUACCAGCUCGUGGUGAAGGAGGAGCGCAAGUCCAAGACCCGGCGCGCCGCCUCCGAGGCCCCCGAGUGCUUCUCGGCGCCCGUCAGCUUCCGCAACGCCUCCGUCCUGGACUCGCCCUACUACAUCGCGGCCGAGCUGCCGCCGUCCAGCCUGACGGUGGUGCAGCCGUUCACGGUGGGCGACAACAAGAGCUACGGCGGCUUCUGGAACCCGCCGCUGUCGCCCGCCAAGAGCUACAGCAUCUACUACCAGGCCAUGAGCAGAGCCAACGGGGAAACCAAAAUCAACUGCGUCCGCCUGGCUAACAAAGUGGUAAUAGGUAGGGGACAAAUAACAACGCCGUACAUUCUAGUCAUCCCAAGCGAAGGUGCGUCCACGCAGGACUCUGACGCCAUGGAGCCGGAGAAGCAGGUGGACAGCACGGUGAAGAUGGCCGGAGUCAUCGCUGGCAUCCUCAUGUUCAUCAUCAUCCUCCUCGGAGUCGUUCUCACCUUCAAACGCAGAGAGAUUCACACGUGGAGAACUCUGAGCGUGGGAAGACAUGCUUAUUCCUACUCUUAUUACCUGAAGCUGGCGAAGAAGCAGAAGGAAACCGCCAGCAGCUCCACUCAGCAGAGGGAGAUGGGUCCGGUCACCACGGCCGACAAGAGCACCACCAAAGUCAGCACCCUGCACAAGGACGACCCCUUCUCCACCUCCAACCAGGACCUCAACGGGUUCACCUCGCCCUCCCCCUGCUCCUUCUCUGUGCAAGGAAGCAAGACGCUGCAGAGCAAAUCCCUGCUGAAUUCCUACUACUCAGUGUCCAAAGAGCCGGUUCCAGCCACAACUUCUAUAGACAGCAGCCAGCCGUCGCUCGCCCAGCCCUCCCUGACCCUGCAGAGUUUUCCCUACGGAGGCUGCGAGUCUGUCGAGCUCUCCUACCAGAGCGGUCAGUUCCAGGCCGGCCAGUUUCAACCAGCCAUCCGAGUCGCUGACCUCCUCCAACACAUCACCCAGAUGAAAUGUGGACAGGGCUACGGUUUUAAGGAGGAGUACGAGGCCCUGGCGGAGGGACAGACUGCGCCCUGGGAAACAGCCAAGAAGGACGAGAACCGCAACAAGAAUCGCUAUGGCAACAUCAUCGCUUACCCCACAGACGAUCACACCAGAGUCCGACUGCAGCUGCUGGACGGAGACCCCCACUCGGACUACAUCAACGCCAAUUACAUCGACGGGUACCAUAGACCCAGACAUUACAUCGCCACACAAGGGCCCAUGCAGGAGACGGUCCGGGAUUUUUGGAGGAUGGUCUGGCAGGAGAACUCGGCCUCCAUCGUCAUGGUUACGAACCUGGUGGAGGUGGGAAGGGUGAAGUGCGUGCGCUACUGGCCCGAUGAGACGGAGGUGUACGGAGACAUCAAGGUGACCCUGAUAGAGACCGAACCACUGGCGGAAUACGUCAUACGGACGUUCACCGUCCAAAAGAAGGGCCAUCACGAGAUCCGCGAGCUCCGCCAGUUCCACUUCACCAGCUGGCCCGACCACGGCGUUCCCUGUUACGCCACAGGACUGCUGGGCUUCAUAAGACAGGUCAAGUUCCUGAACCCUCCGGACGCCGGACCCAUCGUGGCGCACUGCAGUGCCGGCGCCGGGAGGACCGGCUGUUUCAUCGCAGUGGACAUCAUGCUGGACAUGGCAGAGAACGAAGGAGUCGUGGACAUCUUCAACUGCAUCCGAGAGCUGAGGUCGCAACGGGUCAACAUGGUUCAGACGGAGGAGCAGUACGUGUUUGUCCACGACGCCAUCUUGGAAGCGUGUCUAUGCGGGAACACAGCCAUACCAGUGUGUGAGUUCAGAGCCAUUUACUACAACAUCAGCAGACUGGACCCACAGACGAACUCCAGCCAGAUUAAAGACGAGUUCCAGACUCUGAACAUAGUGACCCCUCGGGUGCGUCCAGAAGACUGCAGCGUUGGUUUGCUACCCAGAAACCACGACAAGAACCGCAGCAUGGACGUCCUAUCAGCAGACCGAUGCCUGCCUUUCCUCAUAUCCGUGGACGGAGAGAGCUCCAACUACAUCAAUGCUGCAUUAAUGGACAGCCACAAACAGCCAGCAGCCUUCAUCGUUACUCAGCAUCCUUUGCCAAACACCAUGGGCGACUUCUGGAGGCUGGUGUUCGACUACAACUGCUCCUCCAUUGUAAUGCUCAAUGAAAUGGAUGCGGCGCAGUUAUGUAUGCAGUACUGGCCGGAGAAAAGCUCGUGUUGCUACGGUCCCAUCCAGGUGGAGUUCAUAUCGGCGGACAUCGACGAGGACAUCAUCAACCGAAUCUUCAGGAUCUGCAACAUGGCCAGGCCACAGGACGGUUACCGCCUGGUGCAGCACUUCCAGUUCAUUGGCUGGCCGGCCUACAGGGACACGCCGCUCUCCAAGCGCUCCAUCCUCCAGUUGGUCCGGAGGUUGGCGAAGUGGCAGGAGCAGUAUGACGGAGGGGACGGGAGGACCGUGGUGCACUGCCUUACCGGUGGAGGGCGUUCUGGAACGUUCUGUGCCAUCUGCAGCAUCAACGAGAUGAUCCAGCAGCAGAACAUCGUGGACGUUUUCCACACCGUCAAGACGCUGAGGAACAACAAGACCAACAUGGUGGAGACGAUGGAACAGUACAAGUUCUGCUACGAAGUGGCUCUGGAGGCGCUCAGCUCCUUCUGA